CCUCUGUCACACAUCUCACCCCCUCCCGUUUUCCUCUCCCUCUCCUUCGCUCUGCUUCUCCAGUAUUUUCUCAGUCGCCGUGAAAGGCAGAGCACGCACAGGCGGCAGGAUGUCGAUCGUCAGCAUUGUUGCCAGGGAGAUCUUGGACUCCCGGGGAAACCCCACCGUGGAAGUGGACCUCCGCACAGAGAAAGGUCUGUUCAGGGCUGCAGUGCCCAGCGGAGCGUCCACAGGAAUCUACGAAGCUCUGGAGCUGCGAGACGGAGACAAGAGCCGCUACAAGGGCAAAGGUGUUCUGAAGGCAGUCGGCCACAUCAAUGAUACGCUGGGUCCUGCUCUUAUAGCCUCUGGCAUCAGCGUGGUGGAGCAGGAGCAGCUGGACAACAUGAUGAUUGAGAUGGACGGCACAGAAAACAAAUCUCAGUUCGGGGCUAAUGCCAUCCUGGGGGUGUCUCUAGCCAUCUGUAAGGCUGGUGCUGCAGAGAAAGACGUCCCCCUGUACCGCCACAUAGCUGACCUGGCUGGAAACACAGAGCUGGUGCUGCCGGUUCCUGCCUUUAAUGUGAUAAAUGGAGGAUCUCACGCAGGAAACAAACUGGCCAUGCAGGAGUUCAUGGUUCUUCCUGUUGGAGCUGAGUCCUUCAAGGAGGCCUUGAGGAUAGGGUCAGAGCUGUACCACACAUUAAAGGGGGUGAUUCAGGAGAAAUACGGCCAGGACGCCACCAACGUGGGAGAUGAGGGAGGAUUCGCUCCCAACAUCCUGGAGAACAGUGAAGCUCUGGAUCUGCUACAGACGGCCAUCGAGAAGGCCGGCUUCACGGACAAGGUGGUGGUUGGGAUGGACGUGGCUGCCUCAGAGUUCUACCGCGAGGGGAAAUAUGACCUGGACUUCAAAUCCCCACCGGAUCCAGAGAGACACAUCACUGCAGAGGAGCUGGCUGACAUCUACCAGGGCUUCGUCAACAACUACCCAGUGGUGUCCAUCGAGGACCCAUUCGAUCAGGACGACUGGGAGGCCUGGUCCCGUCUGACAGCCCAGGUGGGGAUCCAGGUUGUUGGGGAUGACCUGACGGUGACCAACCCUAAAAGGAUAGAGAAAGCUGCUGAGGAGCGAGCCUGCAACUGUCUGCUGCUCAAAGUCAACCAGAUCGGCACCGUCACCGAGGCCAUACAGGCGUGUAAACUGGCUCAGGCGAACGGUUGGGGUGUGAUGGUCAGCCAUCGCUCCGGAGAGACAGAGGACACCUUCAUUGCUGACCUGGUGGUGGGACUCUGCACUGGACAGAUUAAGACUGGCGCCCCCUGCAGAUCUGAGAGGCUGGCCAAGUACAACCAGCUCAUGAGGAUCGAGGAGGAGCUGGGCGACCAGGCUCGCUUCGCAGGCCAUAACUUCAGGAACCCCAGCGCUCUGUGAAACUGACAGACGAAUGACACGCAAACACACACACAUACACUGACAAUACACAACAAACACAGAACAAGCCAUGUACAAAGAAAAAGGCCAGAGAUUCAUGAAAAACACAAGCCAAAAAAAAAACAAAAACCUAAAUAUGCACUGGACUUACAGAUAAGGAGAUGAUACUGUAUGCACACUCAGAACACAAAGAUGCAACACGUGCUCAUGCACACGCAGGGGAAUAGUAAAGACAUAACAUUUAUAAGCCAGACAUACACUGUUACUGUAGUUUUAAAGGAAUAGUUCAUGUACAGCCAGAAUAGAAACCUGCAAAGAUAAAAAGAUAUUAUUGCAAAAAGAGAGAAAUAAGAGUAGAGAUAUUACAAUAUAAACUGAAGCACGCUGCUGAAAGAAAACACCUUUCAACCACAAAAAGGUGAUGCAUUUGCAAGAAGAAACAAAAUACAAAAUGACAAAAGUACACAAACACCUGAACACUCACAAACAGACUCACCUGGACACUGAAACACUUGCACUCCACCCACUUCUGACCUCCUCCCUCCAUCUCCUCUUCCUGCCAUGUCUGUUUCUGUUUCACACCCCUUUUUCUUCCUGAACCUCGUGGGAUUCAGAUUAUUUGUCUUUCAUGCUUGAAGCCACACCUCUGUCCUGAAGAAAAGGUAAAGAAAAGCCUGAAUCCCUUCGGUUUCCCCUGAAUGUCCAUAGAAUAACUGUGCUGAAAAGAAUUUAAAAACCAUACAUAAUCAGAAUGCUUGUCAAUGAAAAUAAUGUGAAAAUGUGAAAUAAAAAGAUGGUAAUUUACAAUUUCAA